CGUUCCUUGUCCAGGCAGUGCAGGGCGAGACAUCAUGGCGGAGGGACGCGUACGGCGGUUCAUCCCGGAGGACCUUUCCAAUGUUGAGUUUGAGACGAGUGAGGAGGUGCAGGUCGUGCCUACCUUCGAUGGCAUGGGCCUGCGCGAGGACCUGCUGCGGGGGAUCUACGCCUACGGGUUUGAAAAGCCGUCGGCCAUCCAGCAGCGUGCCAUCAAGCCCAUCGUGAAGGGGCGGGACGUCAUUGCACAGGCGCAGUCAGGCACGGGUAAAACUGCAACCUUCUCCAUCUCCGUCCUGCAAAUUCUGGACAUCAGUGUGAGGGAGACGCAGGUUCUCAGUCUCUCACCCACCAGGGAGCUGGCCGUCCAGAUACAGAAGGUGGUGUUGGCGCUGGGUGACUACAUGAGCGUGCAGUGCCACGCCUGCAUCGGUGGCACCAACCUUGGCGAGGACAUCCGUAAGCUGGACUAUGGGCAGCACGUGGUCUCCGGCACUCCUGGCAGGGUGUUCGACAUGAUCAGGCGACGCACCCUCCGUACACGUUCUAUUAAGAUGCUGGUGCUGGACGAGGCUGACGAGAUGCUGAACAAGGGCUUCAAGGAGCAGAUCUAUGAUGUGUACCGCUACCUGCCGCCAGCCACACAGGUCGUCCUCAUCUCCGCCACUCUGCCUCACGAAAUUCUUGAGAUGACCUCCAAGUUUAUGACAGACCCCAUCCGUAUUUUGGUGAAGCGUGAUGAACUGACGCUGGAAGGUAUCAAGCAGUUCUUUGUGGCUGUGGAGCGAGAGGAGUGGAAGUUUGACACCCUCUGUGACUUGUACGACACCCUCACCAUCACCCAGGCCGUCAUCUUCUGCAACACCAAGCGCAAGGUCGACUGGCUGACAGAGAAGAUGCGAGAGGCGAACUUCACAGUCUCCUCCAUGCACGGGGACAUGCCACAGAAGGAGCGAGACGCAAUCAUGAAGGAGUUCAGGUCGGGGCAGUCUCGGGUGCUCAUCACCACUGACAUCUGGGCCCGAGGGAUUGACGUACAGCAGGUCUCGCUGGUCAUCAACUAUGACCUCCCCAAUAACCGUGAGUUGUACAUUCACCGCAUUGGCCGUUCGGGAAGGUUUGGCCGCAAGGGUGUGGCCAUCAACUUUGUCAAGAAUGACGACAUCAGGAUCCUGCGAGACAUUGAACAGUACUACUCCACACAGAUUGAUGAAAUGCCCAUGAACGUGGCUGAUCUGAUUUAAGAGGUGUGGCAGGGACGAAGCACCAGUGUUAAAUUAUAUCCUUUUUUUUUUUUCAUAUAUAUCUUUACAGUGUAUUAAGGAAACUGGAAAGAUGUGAAUGACCAAUGUUUUAAAGAGUUUGGUUCAGGUGUAUGUGGUGUGACUGUGAGAAUGCCUGUUUUAUC